GGUAUCACUGCUACAGUGGCCACUGGAACUUUUGUAUGUACAGUCUGUAACAUUGUAUACAAGUACACAUGUUUUCAUAUAUCUAGAGUUAGUUUAUAAUGUUGUAUUUUUUCUAAACAUUUGUAAAAAGAUAUUUAUUAUGGAGAGUGAAAGUAUUAGUAAAACUAGUCUAACAUCUUUAGUUGAUGAUAAAGACAAAUUACAUAUGGACAUUGAACUUAUCAAUCCUGCAAUUGAAAAUAUUUCUAUAAAUCCUAUUUUUAUAAAAGAGACAGAAAAUAAACAAGCACAAAGUUCUAAUAAUGAAACAAAUGUAGAUACAAUCCAAAGGCCUAAUAUUACAAACGAUACAAAUGAAAUGCCUAUUGAUCAUAUAUUAAAUAUAGAUGAAUUAGGCGUAUCUUCUGAAUUAAAUAUAGAAAAGACAGAAGCAAAUUCAUGUGAGAAAACUGAAGUAUACAAUCUAGAUUCAACUUCUAAGAAUACAACAAAUGAUUCUUUUUGUAGUUACAAUUGGACUGUUUCACCAAAGUUGAUAUGUGCUGCUACUAAAGAAUAUCAACCAACUGUAUUCUGCGAGAAUUUUACAAAAGGUUGCCAAUGGUCUCCAGAUGGUACAUGUUUAUUAGUGCCAUCAGAAGAUUUUAGAAUACGCUUAUAUGAGCUUCCUACAACAUUAUAUUCUGAUAAAAUACCAUCAAAUUUUACAACAUUUGAUCUUAAAGCUGCUUUAGUUGUUAAGGAAGGAGGACUUAUAUAUGAUACCUGUUGGUAUCCUUUCAUGAAUUCAUGGGAUCCUGCAACAUGUUGUUUUCUUAGUACCAGUAAAGAAAGUCCAAUACAUUUAUGGGAUGCAUUUACAGGAGAAUUGCGAGCUACUUACAGAGCUUAUAAUGACGUCGAUGAAGUAAAAGCUUCCAUUAGUGUUCAAUUUAUUGAUUCUGGUAAACAAGUUUUGUGUGGUUUUAAAAAUACUCUACAAAUUUUUGAUACAAACCGCCCUGGACGACAAAUUGCAACCAUUAAUUUUAAAAAAGAUUUUCCAAAUACUAGUGGAAUAGUAUCUUGUAUUCGUGAAAAUCCAUUAAUGCCAGGCUUGGUGGCAUUUGGUACAUAUUCCAAAAGUAUUGGGCUUUACAAAGAUACACCAAUCUGUACUUUUAAAACAGCAAAUGGUGUGACACAAGUUGAAUUUAGUCCGUGUGGAACUAAAUUGUACUCUGCUGUUAGACGUAAUAAUGAAUUUUUAUGCUGGGAUCUCCGUAAUCCUGGUGUUUUACUUUAUUCUUUUCAAAAGCGGCAAGCAGAUACAAACCAAAAGAUACAAUUUGAUAUCACAAAUAAUGGUCACCAUGUAAUAUCAGGAGGUACAGAUGGAAAAAUUAUUAUUUGGGAAUUAUUUGAAACUGAAAAUCAUAAGGAAGAUGUGAAUCCAAAAUGUGAAUUUAAAGUAUCUGAAGAUAGUGUGAAUGGUGUGAAUGUACAUAAAAGUUUGCCUAUUGUAGCAACAAGUUCAGGACAAAGAAUUUAUGAUACUGAGGAAGUAAAGAGAGAUAACAGUGUAAGAUUAUGGUGGUUCAAUUAAUUAAUUAUAUUAGAUAUAGAUUUCUUUUUAUUACAGAUUCAGUAAUAAUAUACUUAUAGUAUAUAUUACAGAAAUUAUUAAAAAUAUAUCAUUAUACUUUCAUUACCACCAAAAAUUAGUUUUGUCAAAAACAAUUAAUGUUAAUAAAUCAUAUAUUUAAUUAGAAACAAUUUUUGACAAAAAAUGUAAUAUUGAUCUAUGCAAGAGAAAUAGAUGGAAAUAUUAAAGUAGUUGACAAGUGAAAGAGUAUAUAUACAAAAAUUAUACAAUACACGUUAUUAAAGUAUAUGUUUAUUAGAAUUUCUGACAGAUCUCCUCACUCUAGCAGGAACUGAAAUUGGAUACAAUUAUUAGUUAUAUAAUAAUAAUAAUAAUAAUAAUAAAUUUAUAUAUUACUUACUUUUUGGAGAAUCCCAUGAAAUCAAAUCUGUAUUGGGUGAAGGAGCUUCUAUAAAUGUACUAUUUCCUUGCAAAUAGCUUAGGUUCAAUUUACCUUUACUAUGUCUAACAUGCGGCGUCAUUGGAUGUGUGACUUUAUUUUCUACACAGGCACUGCAAUCUUCAGCUAGAACAAAAUAUCCUCAUUAUUUUUUAAAAAAUAGAUUAGUUUUUAUUUAACCAUAUUAUUAUUUUACUUUUACCAUUAAACUUCACACUUUUUCGAGAGGAUCUUCUUAGCUCCUUUUUUGGAUUUGUUUGUGUGACAUUGAAGGAUUCUUUCUUUAUAAGUUCCUUUUCUUCAAAUUUAUUUGACAUCCUUUGUGAUCCUUUUUUUGACUUCACAGGACUCUUAUUUUCCUUUUGGUUAUCUUUUUCAUCAUUUGAUUCCUAAAUAAAAUAUAUUGUUAAGUAGAAUUAAAAUGAGAUAUGCUAAUAUUUUUUAAUAAGCCAUAUACUAAUAUAUUACUAUACUACAAAAAAUUCGUUUUUAACUUACUGUAAUAUUUGUUUUCCUACUUCUUGUAGACAUUCUUCUUGCAGAGUUUUCUGUUAUAACAGUUCUGUUUCUAAGAGUUCUCGUGUUUGUUUUAUUUUCUGCAGAUUUCUCUAAUGACAUGUUUAAUAAUAUGUUUUCAAUUUUAGGUGAAGUAUUUGUGACAAAUUGUUCACAUGUCUCUAGGUUUAGAAGAAUAUCAUCUUCUUUGUUAGUUACACUCGAUGAAAGUAAUUGAUUAGUAUUAAAUUGUAAGUCAUUUUCUGAAUCUUGGAAAGAAUUAUCAUCGAAAUUAAGUUUUUUUUCAGUUUUUAUCUUAUAAUUUAUGUAUUCAGAAUCUAAGUCAUAAUUCUCUAUUCUAGCUAAUCUGGCAGCCAGAUCCAAAUUGUCUUGUACUUCUUCAUCAAUAGGGACUUCAUUUAAGACCACAUCAUCAUUAAAAUUAACUUUCUGCAUAGAUUUUGUUAAACGUAAAGCAUUUAUUGAAAAAUCAUCUUUACGUUUUAAUAUGCUCUUACUAGGUGUUUGUUUAGAGUUAAUAUAUGAUAUAGAAUCAUCCAGUUCAAUUUUAGGAGUUUUGUACAUUUGACUUAUUUUCAUUAAAGUUAUCGGAGUUUUUAUAGUUUUACAUGAUUCUGAUAAAAGAGUUUUAUGUAAUAAACUUUGUCUAGAAUUUAUUUUUUUACUAGAGACAGAUAAUUCAUCCUUAGAGUCCAUAGAUUUUAAUCGUCUAGUAUUAUUGUUAAAUGAGACUUUAUUUUUGUUUUCUAUAUUAAUAUUAUUUAUGGAAGUUAAAGAUUCA